UUCUUCUCGAAAAAAUUGUGUGGGAUGCUUCUAAAUUAUAAUCUGAUUCAUGUAUACAAACAAUUUGUAUGGAUAUACAAAAAUUGCCUAUAUUUCAAUCUAAUCGGACAAUCAUACAAUCCGAGGUACGGAGUAGGGAGUAUUUAUGAAUUACCUGUAUGUUCCACCUGGCAUGGCCAAGUCCGAAUUCCGAAAUAACGAACUCUACGAAAUCAACGAGCUCUUGGAGAUGGAUGAAUUUGAUCCACGAGUUCGCGACAGAUUAGAAGAACGGGGAGAGUGCAGAGGAGACUAUCCGGAAUUGCAGGUGCUAAUGAAACAAUGUCGCUUCCACCGUUCCACAUUUCUCUCUUCCAGAAGACGAAGGAAAGAAAAAAACCCAAUCAAAGAAAAAGAACACUCCGAAGAAAAGGAGAAAGCUUUGCAUCGCCAAUAGACACGAUCACUCCAUGUUCCAGAAAUCUUGAUCGACUCUUUCACUCGGGAUUGGCUCAAACGUGAAAUUUCAUUCCUGGGGAUGAAUGCCGCGAUAUAGAGCAAUCGGGACGAGGGAAAUACUCUUUGAGGAGCUGAUCUUGCAUUAACUCGAAAUGGGAACUUCAGUAAAUAUUAUUGUAGGAUCACAUGUCUGGAUCGAGGAUCCAAAUGUAGCUUGGCUUGAUGGCGAAGUGCACAAAAUUAAUGGCGAUCAAAUAGAGAUCCUGACAAGUGAUGGGAAAAAGGUUGUUAGAAAGUUAUCCGAAGUCUACCCUAAAGAUGUGGAAGCCCCUGCUGGAGGUGUUGAUGACAUGACAAAGCUAUCUUAUUUGCAUGAGCCAGGAGUUUUGCAGAACCUGAAGUCCAGAUAUGAGCUAAAUGAAAUAUAUACUUACACUGGAAAUAUUCUAAUUGCUAUAAACCCAUUCCAAAAACUACCCCAUCUUUAUACUGCACACAUGAUGCAACAAUAUAAGGGAGCACCACUUGGUGAGCUAAGUCCUCAUGUAUUCGCUGUUGCCGAUGUCGCAUACAGGGCAAUGAUUAAUGAAAGGAAAAGCAAUUCCAUUCUGGUUAGUGGUGAAAGUGGAGCAGGUAAAACUGAGACAACUAAAAUGCUUAUGCAGUAUCUUGCCUUUUUGGGUGGUCGUGCAGCUACUGAAGGAAGGACCGUUGAGCAGCAAGUUCUUGAAUCGCUUUGGAAAAUUCGUUGAGAUUCAGUUCGAUAAACAUGGAAGAAUAUCAGGAGCAGCCAUUAGGACCUACCUCCUUGAGAGGUCUCGUGUUUGCCAAAUUUCUGAUCCCGAGCGUAAUUAUCACUGCUUUUACUUACUGUGUGCAGCGCCACAGGAGGAAAUUGAAAAGUAUAAGUUGGGACACCCCAAAACAUUUCACUACCUCAAUCAAUCUAAUUGCCACGAGUUAGUAGGCGUGAGUGAUGCACAAGACUAUCUUGCCACUAGAAGAGCUAUGGAUAUUGUAGGGAUCAGUAAGGAAGAGCAGGAGGCAAUUUUCAGGGUUGUUGCAGCAAUUCUUCAUAUUGGAAAUAUUGACUUUGCAAAAGGAAGGGAAAUUGAUUCAUCAGUUCCGAAGGAUGCCAAAUCCAAGUUCCAUCUCAAAACAUCAGCAGAACUUCUUAUGUGUGACCCCGUGGCCCUCGAAGAUGCAUUGUGUAAACGUGUAAUGGUCACACCUGAAGAAGUUAUAAAGCGUAGUCUUGAUCCCCUUAGUGCAGUAGUCAGCCGAGAUGGACUGGCCAAGACAUUGUAUUCUAGGUUAUUUGACUGGCUGGUAGAUAAGAUAAAUAUUUCUAUCGGACAAGACUCCCAAUCGAAGUGUAUCAUUGGGGUCCUUGAUAUAUAUGGUUUUGAAAGCUUUAAGCAUAACAGCUUUGAACAAUUUUGCAUAAACUUCACAAAUGAGAAGCUGCAGCAACACUUUAAUCAGCAUGUAUUCAAGAUGGAGCAAGAAGAAUACACAAAAGAGGCUAUUGAUUGGAGCUACAUUGAAUUCGUGGAUAACCAAGAUGUUUUAGAUCUUAUUGAAAAGAAACCAGGAGGGAUCAUAGUCUUGCUUGAUGAAGCUUGUAUGUUUCCUAAGUCGACACAUGAAACAUUCUCAAACAAACUCUACCAGACCUUCAAGAAUCAUAAGCGGUUUAUCAAGCCGAAACUGUCUCGCACAAACUUCAUAAUUUCACAUUAUGCUGGAGAAGUGCAAUACCAAUCUGACCAAUUUCUAGACAAAAACAAAGACUAUGUGGUUGCUGAACACCAAGACCUUUUAAGUGCUUCCAAGUGCUCCUUUGUGGCCGGCCUUUUCCCUGACCUACCUGAGGAGACUAAAUCAUCAAAAACUUCAAAGUUUUCUUCAAUUGGUUCACGUUUCAAGUUACAACUACAGCAGUUGAUGGAAACACUGAACGCUACAGAGCCUCACUAUAUCAGAUGUGUUAAGCCUAAUAAUCUUCUUAAACCUGCAGUCUUUGAAAAUGUUAACAUCCUGCAACAACUACGCUGUGGUGGUGUCUUAGAGGCAAUUAGAAUAAGCUGCGCUGGAUAUCCAACUCGUCGCCCUUUCUUUGAGUUCAUAAACCGAUUCGGGCUCCUCGCCCCAGAGGCUUUGGUAGGAAACAGCUAUGAUGAAAAGGUUGCUUGCAAAAAGAUCUUGGAUAAAUGGGGAUUAAAAGGGUACCAGAUAGGUAAGACAAAGAUAUUCCUUAGAGCGGGACAGAUGGCUGAGUUGGAUGCACGAAGAGCAGAGGUUCUAAACAGUGCAGCAAAGUCUAUACAAGGACGAAUAAGAACUCAUAAUGCUCGUAAAAUCUUUAUAGCUUUGAGAGAGGCAGCAGUUUGUAUGCAAUCUUCAUGCCGGGGGAGACUUGCUGGCAAACUUUAUGUUAGGAUGAAAAUGGAGGCAGCUGCAACAAAAAUUCAGGCAAUCAUACGUCGAGACUUGUUGAGGAAAAAUUAUGACCACCUCCGGGUCUCAGCAGUUGUGCUGCAGAUAGGUUUUCGUAAAAUGGAUUCCUGCAAAAAGUUCAGAUUGAGGAAACAAACCAAAGCUGCAACUAGAAUUCAAGCACGUUGGCGUUGCCAUAAAGCUUAUACGCGCUAUAAAAAGCUUAAAAGGGGAGCAGUAGUUUCACAAUGCAGAUGGAGAGGAAAAGUUGCCAGAAGGGAGUUGAGGAAGCUAAAAAUGGCUGCAAGGGAUACAGGUGCAUUAAAAGAAGCAAAAGACAAGCUGGAAAAACAGUUAGAGGAACUCACAUGGCGGUUGCAACUGGAAAAACGACUAAGAACUGAUAUGGAAGAAGCAAAAACACAAGAGAUUGCAAAGUUGCACGAAUCUCUAGAAGGUAUGCAAAAGAAAGUUGAUGAGGCUAAUGCUUUGGUUGUCAAGGAACGAGAGGCAGCAAAGAAGGCUAUAGAGGAAGCACCUCCGGUUAUCAAGGAAAUUCCAGUCUAUGUUGAAGAUACUAAAAAAGUAGAAUCUUUGUUGGAACAAGUUGACAUCCUAAAGGACUCUUUAGAGCAUGAAAAGCAGGAAUCUGAAGACUUGCGAAGAAAAUAUGCUUUAGCACAAGAGUCCAUAGAAGAAAGCCAUACAAAGUUAGAAGAAACAGAAAAAAAAGUUCAUCAACUCCAGGAAUCUCUUCACAGGCUAGAGGAAAAGUUUACAAAUAUAGACUCUGAAAAUAAAGUUCUUCGUCAGCAAGCUGUGUCAAUGGCACCUAAUAAGUUCCUCUCUGGCCGAUCUAGAUCAACUAUCCAGAGAGGUCAUGAAAGCGGGCAUAUUUUUGGGGAUGCAAGAAUGCAUGCGGAGUUGCAUAGCCCUUCUUCAAUGAACCAUAGAGAUUUCCCAGAGGUUGAAGACAAACCGCAAAAAUCAUUAAACGAAAAGCAGCAAGAGAACCAGGAGUUGCUUGUUCGUUGUAUUGCACAAAACCUAGGCUUUGCGUCGAAUAAGCCAAUCGCAGCAUGUGUCAUUUAUAAGUGUCUUCUGCAAUGGCGAUCUUUUGAAGUUGAGAGAACUACUGUGUUUGACCGUAUUAUCCAGACUAUUGGUCAUGCUAUUGAGAGAGCCCAGGACAACAAUGAUGUGCUGGCUUACUGGUUGUCAAAUGCUUCAACUCUUCUAUUGCUUCUUCAACGCACACUGAAAGCUAGUGGUGCUUCGGGAAUGGCUCCUCAACGCCGACGCUCUUCGGCAAAUCUAUUUGGGAGGAUGUCUACACAGAGUUUCCGUGGAGCUCCACAUGGAGUCAAUCUAUCAUUCAUGAAUGGAGUGAUGUCUGGUGGAGUUGAAACUAUUCGUCAAGUUGAAGCAAAGUAUCCCGCCUUGCUUUUCAAGCAGCAACUCACUGCAUAUGUGGAAAAAAUUUAUGGCAUGAUUAGAGAUAAUUUGAAGAAGGAGAUUUCUCCAUUGCUUGGGUUAUGUAUCCAGGCACCAAGGACUUCAAGAGCAAGCUUAGUCAAGGGAUCCUCGCGUUCAGUUGCCAACAGUGCAGCACAGCAAGCUUUGAUAGCUCAUUGGCAAGGAAUCGUGAAGAGCCUUGGGAGUUUCCUCAACACUUUAAAAGGGAACUAUGUCCCUCCAUUUUUAGUUCGUAAGAUUUUCACACAGAUAUUUUCCUUCAUCAAUGUACAGCUAUUUAACAGUCUCCUAUUAAGGCGGGAAUGCUGUUCAUUUAGCAAUGGUGAAUAUGUGAAAUCAGGGCUAGCUGAACUAGAACAUUGGUGUUACAAUGCAACAGAUGAGUAUGCAGGUUCAGCAUGGGAUGAGCUGAAGCAUAUAAGACAGGCCAUUGCUUUUCUGGUUAUGCAUCAAAAGCACAAAAAGUCUCUCUACGAAAUAAGCCAUGAUCUCUGCCCUGUUCUUAGCAUCCAACAAUUAUACCGAAUCAGUACAAUGUACUGGGAUGACAAGUAUGGCACCCAUAGCGUCUCGUCAGAUGUUAUAGCCAACAUGAGGGUGUCAAUGACAGAAGACUCAAAUCAUACAGCUAGCAACUCAUUUCUCUUAGAUGAUGAUUCCAGCAUUCCGUUCUCUGUGGAUGACAUUUCAAAAUCAAUGGAACAAAUAGACAUAGCGGAUGUUGGACCUCCUCCGGCUCCUCUAAGGAGCAACUCUGGCUUUAGUUUUUUACUACCGCAGACUGAAUAGACCUUCCACAAUAUGAAUGUUUUUGGAGGCACAGCAGCUUUAGUUUACAACUUCCAAUUUACAAUAGAGAGGAUAGUGAAUGACAAUCACUCUUCGGACCGGCAUAGCCAGUGAUGAUUUUGGCAACUUUGUAGUUGAAACUUGAAAGUGGGAGGUAUCAAAUAUUGGAAACCUGGUUAUGAUUGUAAGAUAUAUAAAGCCACAACCGAACAGGUUGUUUCUGAAAGAAUCUCAGACUCUCAGUUACUAUAAUUAGCCUGCUGCUUCAGUUUAAUUCAUUUGUUCUCAGGGUCAAUUUGGUCUGUAAAAAUCAAAAGUGCUUAGGAUCAGUUUGAGGGUUUAAUAUACUUCAUAAAUCCUUGAAAAUGAACGAAAAUGUUAAACUGUGUUGUCAGAAUAGUGUAUGUUGGAUAAUAUAGGAUUUAAAAUGCUGUUAUUGUAGAAUAAUAGAUAUUUUAGCCAUUUAGGUACUGAAGUACUGAAAUUAUUUUUGUUAACUAAAUAAGAGACACCUUUUGAUUA